AUGCUACCACUUCCAGGAUCUCCAGCCUCAUCAUGGGCCAUCUACAAGUCCAAAUUCAAAGCUCUCUUCCAAGGAGCUGAUACCUCAGUCCUUAUCGCCUUCUGGCUUUUCGGCCUCAUCAAUAAUGUCUCGUACGUUAUCAUCCUCUCCGCUGCUCUCGACCUCGUCGGACCCAAUGUCCCGAAGGGCGUGGUGCUUCUUGCAGAUGUCCUCCCAUCUUUCCUCACGAAGCUUGUGGCCCCAUACUUCAUUCACCGAAUACCCUACUCUCUUCGAAUCAUCAUUAUGUGUGCUUUGUCCGCAGCAGGCAUGUUCUUGAUUGCACUCACGCCCUCGGUCAUCGACGACAAUGGUUCCAUAAGCAUAAAGCUAUUUGGCGUGGCCAUAGCAUCUCUAUCGAGUGGAGCUGGAGAGCUCAGCUUACUGGGUCUGACCCAUUACUAUGGUCCAUUCUCUUUAGCAGCUUGGGGAAGCGGUACAGGAGGAGCAGGACUUAUUGGUGCUGGUCUCUAUGUACUUCUCACGAGUACAAUCGGGAUGACUAUUCGAAACAGUCUCUUGACUUGUGCAUUCUUACCUUUCAUCAUGCCAGUAGCAUUCUUCCUCGUCUUACCCCAAGGCCCGUUACGGCGAGCUCAGUCGAGGAAAGAUUAUGAACCUAUUCCACGGAGUUUUGAUGACGAUGAUAUCCAAAAUCUGCCUGUAGACACUGCUGCAGAUGCUUUGUUGGCUCCAGGACCAUCCAUAGCAGCGGAAGCCUAUUCCUCCCACUCACCCCGCUCCCGCUCCCCUUCCGCGAAAGCCGACCCAUCCCUCUUCACCACCCGCCUCCGCCGCGCCCGCGCCCUCUUCUUCCCAUACAUGCUUCCUCUCCUCCUAGUCUACAUCGCCGAAUACACCAUCAACCAAGGCAUCUCCCCCACGCUCCUCUUUCCCAUCGCUUCCUCGCCUUUCACAACCUACCGCUCCUUCUACCCUACUUACGCCUUCCUCUACCAACUCGGCGUAUUCAUUUCUCGCUCCUCGUCUCCGUUCAUUCGACUCCAUAAUCUAUAUCUUCCUUCAUUCCUACAGAUUGGCAACUUGGUCUUCUUGGGUUUGCAUUCAAUGUUCUUCUUCCUGCCAAGUGUGUGGGUAAUCUUUGCCGUCGUACUAUGGGAGGGGUUACUAGGUGGCGCGGUGUACGUUAACACAUUCGCGGAGAUCAUGGAUAAGGUCGAGGUGGAAGAGAGGGAGUUUAGUCUCGGUGCUACGAGUGUGAGUGAUAGUGCCGGGAUCUGCAUUGCGAGUCUCCUGGGGAUGGUGAUUGAGCCGUGGCUGUGUGGGUGGAAUGUUGAGAGAGGGAGGGGAUGGUGCAGGACUUUGGAUGGUUGA